GGCGCCACCCUUGGUGAGUACCAACCAAAUAAAGUGAGAGACAACAAAGACGCCAAAAACAAAAAAGAAAUCAUUCAUUCUUUCUUUGAUUCUUCUCAAGACCACAGCCAUAGCUGUUGAGAGUGAUAGUCUGAUUAAAUUACUACGUAUAUGACAAAGUUAAAUAAAUAUAUCACAAUUAUUGCUUGAUCUGCAAAGUUUCUCUCUACAUAAUGGAUUAUCCACGAAAAACCUACAGAACUUAUUCUUAUCCUUCUCAAAAAAUGCGAUCGUUGAUUGGCUGGUCGAUUGGACAGAAAAUAAAGAUCCCAAUAAAUCGUCGAUUUACCAUUUAUGUGGAUUAGGCUAAUAAAAUUAAACAAGACGAAAACAUAAUCCAGUUGGGUUUCCGUCUUCGUCAUAAGAGUUUGUUAUUGUUGUAUUCCAAUUAAAUUGUAUAUUUUUUACAUCGUUAUAUCUAAGUUCUUCGCAGUAAUAAUCGAAUCUGUGCUGUUCCUAUACGGAGAGGUUAUGUUUAAGUGGAUAACAGUAGAUUAAAAACGAACAUGUGACAUUUUUUUAGUAAAUAUCGACAUUGUCAGCACGUGGCUAAUCGCUAUGAAAAGGUUAUUUCUUUAACAGUUUAAUACCAAAAUAUAUUCGAACGCUAGAUGAUGAAAUUUGGACCAUUUUAGCGCCAAGAUAAAAUUGUUAUUUAUAGAUAUGUGUGUAGAGAUAUAUAGAUUUUUACUACAAUUUUUAAACUUUACCGGUUCAAAAUAUUUAUUAAGUUUAAAUUUUAUAAGUGAAAAACAUUAUAAGUUAUAAGUAAUUAUUAAAUUAUUUAAUUUUUUAUAUAUAUGUCCCAUAAGUCUUUUCCGCGCCAUGCUAUGUAUGACCUCGAACCGGCUAUGUUAGUAAACAUGUAGAUUUAUCUAUUGUCCGUUUAUGGCAUCAACUUCAGUCCUCACAGCUCUUUCAAAGUAUGUUUCGUUGGUGACAAAGUCUCUUUUAAAAUCUUUUUCUACGCCGUUCAAUAUGGAUAGUCAAAAGAAGCAUUUGCGGCAUGUUAUGCUUCAUUGCUUUAAAAAAGGUAGUAGUGCAAAGGACACUGCAGACGAGAUUUGCACCGUUUAUGGGAGUGGUACCACGACUAUUAGAACCGUCCGCAAUUGGUUUAAGAAAUUUAGAGCUGAUAAUUUUGAUUUGAGAGAUGAAGAUCGCAGCGGCCGCCCGGUAACGACGGAUACGGAUCUCAUCAAAAGUAUGCUCGCUGAAAAUCCGCGAUAUAGUGUGCGCGAGAUAGUGGAUGUCACUAACAUUCCCAGGACAACGGUACAUAAUCAUUUAAUCAAGAUGAGAGUUUCACACCAAUUGACGGAGACCGAUCUUAUGAACCGCGUCUCUAUGUGCGAUUUGCUUCUUCAGCAACAUGAAAAAAAUCCUUUUUUAAAGAGGCUCGUCUCACUGGAGACGAGACUUGGAUUUUAUAUCAAAAUGUGCAUCGAAAACGCAUUUGGUCUAAGGAAAAUCGACCUUCAUCUGUUGCGAAGCCAGAACUUCAUCCGAAGAAAAUUUUUUUGUGCAUUUGGUGGGACUGAAAAGGUGUAGUGUACUAUGAGCUCCUUCCACAAGGUGAAACGAUCAAUUCUGUAAAAUAUUGCAAUCAAUUCGAUAAAUUGAAAAACAGCCAGAAUUGGUGAACCAGCGAGGUGUCGUUUUUCAUCACGACAACGCAAGACCGCAUGUUGCGUUGGCCGUAAAACAGAAACUCUUACAGUUUGAUUGGGACAUUUUACCUCAUCCUCCGUACUCUUCAAAUCUUGCCCCAUUCGAUUAUUAGUUGUUUCUCUCGUUAAAAAAUUCUCUCCGCGAUAAAUCACAAAUCCGAAAGCGAAAUAAAAAAGCACCUCGAUGAGUAUUUUGCAAGUAAGUCUCAACAAUUUUGAAAAGAGGCUUCCUGAGAAAUGAAAGAAGGUAAUAGAGCAGAACGGUUCAUAUAUAACAUAGUAAAACAACCUUAAACAACAAAUAUCGUCUAUUGAUUUCGCAUCAAAAAAAAAA